GGUGCGUUUGGGGAUUACAUGUGUGUUCGCGCCGUUACUUAUAUUGGGAGGCAUUGUAUUGAUGCGAAGGUAUUGGCGAUCGAAAGCUCUUAUCUAUAGGACAGUCGGCGCACAGAUAACGAUGCAAGAGAUGUGCGAAAAACUAUUUAUAGCGCAAAGUCUUAUGAUAUUUGAGUUACAAUUGGCCGCCUCUUCGCUCAUUCUAUGGCUUAGGAAUGGUGUCGAAGAUUGGACUCCAGUCGAAGUGGUUGUAGUGAGCAUUGGAACUGUUGUCACCAUUUUAUGGCUCAUUUUAGGAUAUUUAGCGUACAUAAGGGAUGAAAACGAUGAGUUGCUACAGAACUCGGUGUUUGUGUCGGGAAGUAUUGCACUCGUAAUCCGUGUCAUUACUAUUGGUUUCAUGAUAAUCGUUAUGAAUAACUUUAAUAAAGGGCUUAAACAAAAAGUAGAUCCAUACGAGACAACGCCAACCAAAGUAGCCUUUCCGUUCACUAUCUCUACUAAUGGUCCGCCAGAAUCUCCCUAA